AACAGCUGUGGGCUCAAGGGCUUCCAAGAUGAGGCCGGCACUAGCCUUCUGCCUCCUCUGGCAGGCUUUCUGGCCUCGGCCUGGCCGGGGCGAACACCCCACGGCCGACCGCGCGGGUUGCUCGGCCUCGGGGGCCUGCUACAGCCUGCACCACGCUACCAUCAAGAGGCCGGCGGCUGAGGAGGCCUGCAGUCUGCGCGGCGGGGCGCUCAGCACCGUGAGCGCGGGCGCAGAGCUCCGCGCGGUGCUGGCGCUCCUGCGGGCAGGCCCGGGGCCCGGAGGGGGCUCCAAAGACCUUGUGUUCUGGGUGGCGCUGGAACGCGGGCGGUCGCACUGCACUCUGGAGAACGAGCCAUUGCGGGGUUUCUCCUGGCUCUCCGCCGACGUCGGCGGGUCCGAAAGCGAGACGCUGGAGUGGGUGGAGGAGCCCCAACGCUCCUGCACCUCUCAGAGUUGCGCAGGACUCCAGGCCACCCGGGGGGUUGAUCCCGCAGGCUGGAAGGAGAUGCGAUGCCACUCGCGUGCCAAUGGCUACUUGUGCAAAUACCAGUUUGAGGGCUUGUGCCCGGCGCCGCUCCCCGGGGCCGCCUCUAACUUGAGCUACCGCGCGCCCUUCCAAUUGUACAGCGCGACGCUGGACUUCAGCCCCCCGGGGACCAAGGUGAGUGCGCUCUGCCCUGGGCAUCUCUCCAUCACUGCCACCUGCAUCGUGGACGAGGUCGGCGCGCGCUGGGACGGGAUACCUUCCGGGGCUGUGCUCUGUCCCUGCCCCGGGAGGUACCUCCGUGCUGGCAAAUGCGCAGAGCCCUCUGACUGUCUAGAUGACUUGGGAGGCUUUGCCUGCGAGUGCGCUGCGGGCUUCGUGCUGGGGAAAGACGGACACUCGUGUGUAACCAAUGGGGAAGGACAGCCGGCCCCCGAGGGCACCGACGUGCCCACCAGGCCAGCCACUACAGCCAGCCCCGACCCGAAGAGAACGUGGACACCCAGGGUACAUGAGAAGCCAAGAGAGGUACCACAUGUCUUUGGACAAGGCAGUUCAGCACCAUCUAUUUCGGAGAUUCCUCAGUGGGGAGCACAGAGCACGAUGUCUACCCUUCAGGUGUCCUCUCAAGCUAAUUCAAAGGCCGCCAUCACCUCUUCAGGAAGCGUGAUUCCCAAGUUUAAUUCCACGUCUUCCCCUGCCAUUCCCCAGGCUUCCGACUCCUCCUCCACCGUGGUCUUCAUACUUGUGAGCAUAGCAGUCAUAGUAUUGGUUAUCUUGACUAUGACAGUGCUGGGGCUUUUCAAACUCUGCUUCCACAAAAGCCCUUCUUCGCAGUCAAGAAAGGAGCCUUUGGCCCAGCCAGGCAAGGAGGGUGGUACCGAGGCCGCUGCUCUGCGCUCCAUUUCUGUACAUUGCACAGACAAUGGAGUGAAGGUGGGGGACGCUGGUCUGCGAGACAGAGCAGAGGGUGCCUCGCUGACAGGGUCCUCUCUUGGCUCUGGUGACACCUAGGGAAAAGGCACUCCCUCUGAGCAGAGUUUUUCACUGUCCCUGAAAAGGGAAAAGAAAAGGAACUUAUUUAGGGACUGAAUUUCUUGUAGAAAAUCCUCUUUCUACACGAGUUUAACUCCCUCUACUCCACGGAGGAGAUAAAUCUGAACUGGACGCUCAUUUCCUGAGGAGGGAAAUGGUGGAAGAGAUGGACGUGACUUGUGGUGGUACUGGGGGCUGGGAUGCUACUGGGAAGAGGUUUUUCUCCUUGUGUUUAUUCUGGGGAAUUUGGAGAAGUGCUUGAACAUGUGAAGACAUUGGAAGCAAAGAGAAAACAGUGCAAUUAAAAAAAAAAUUUUUUUUUACCAAAAUGGAAAGGAAACUUACUGUCUGCAUUGUUCAGGCUUGACAUAUAAUGGUUUGAAAUGCCCAGGCAAAGAAUAAAGAAUUGUUGAUAACCCACACUCAAAUAUCACUGGUUUCUUGGAGGAGUAAUUAUUUAGGAAAAACAGUGUAGGGGCAUACUGGAAAUAGCAGUAAGAGCAUCCUGCUUUCAGAUUGAAGGGGAAAACGUCAAGUCCUUGUAAUGAGGAGUAGAUCUUUAACAACUAGCAACUUUUUUCUUGGUUCUUUUAUACUUUGCUUUCAAAGUCACUGCUACUUAUGUGCUCUGCUAUAAAUCCAAACUGUAGCGUUGCCAGAGUAGCUGGCUCUAGAAGCAAAUUAUAGUUGACCACCAAUUCAAGUGUUUACUGUGUGUCCUUGCUCAAGGAAACAAAUGAUUUGUGUUUUCCUUUUCCAACAUUUGUGCUGUCCAGUGUAAUGACCUUCGCAACCAAAUAGCCCUCUCCUAAACAUUAGGAUGCUGAUCCUCACUUCCAAUUAUGGUGAUGUUAAUUUUCAAUUAAAACGUUAAUGCUAAGUAUUGAUUUGAAAUUUUUGGGGUGCAUUAAAGCAAAAAGGAGCUGGAUUUCCUCCAAAGUUGCUAGGUUCUUACGCACUUUUUAAUCCAUGAAAAAAUCUUGAAAUCCAAACUAUUUCCUUACCCCCUUAAAAAGAAAUGUGUGCAGUGACUAUAAAUGCCCAUCUUGGAAUGCUUAUAAUUUAACAACAGGCAUGGUAACAGCUCUCCAUAAGAUUAUUAGUAUAAGAAAUAAGUGGUAAAUAUAAACAUCUAUCAUCUUGUUAUGAUUUGGGUCAUUAGGAAGGAACCUAAGUGAAGCAUUCCUCUAAAAAAUAACUAAGAUGUUAUAAUAAUCAUAAUCUAGUGAAAUUGAGAUGCCUAAAAAUAUUGCACUUCUAUUGGUAUGAUAAGACUUUAAAACUAAGUAUGUGGGGGUUGUUAUAUGGAGAGAGAAAGACAAACAAGCUUAGUAAUCAGGAAGAAUGAAAACAGGAAGUUUGCACUACAUUUUCAUAGAACCAUUUUGAUGUUCGCAAGUGUAUCUUGUAUAAUAUAUAUAUUAUAUACAUAUAUGUGGUAUUGUAACAUUAAAGGAAUAAAUAGAUAAUUGUUUCAUAUACUAAA